UGAAGUAGGCUUUCGAAGUCCUGUGUGUCGCCAUGUCAGCAGCUCAGUGGAACGACUCAGAGCCCUCAGACGACGAGGUCACUCAAGACCAGUUUUCUUCUCGAAAACGCAGUACUCGGGCUUGUGACCAGUGCAGGAAGACGAAGAGCAAAUGCGAGCCGUCUCAUGUACCGGGAUCUUGCAGGAGUUGUGCAGUCGGUGGUAACACAUGUACUUUCCUCGGGCCAAGCUAUAAGCGUGGGCCUCCGAAAGGUUACAUUCAAGCAAUCGAACAGCGGUGGCAUCAAGUCGAGGCUCUCUUAGGGGCCAUAAUUGCCUGUUCCGAUUCGCGCGUGCAAAACUUACUGGCAGAGAUUCGAGAGGAUGACUUAGCACGAGAGAUUUUGGACAGGGUGGACACUGGCCCAUUCGGCCCUUCAGGACGCCUUACACAAGCUACCGGGGCUACCAAAGAAGACUUUUUAGCCUGUAUUUUUCGAAGCAAUGAAGGUUCUGUGCGCGAGUCCUCACGGCUCAGGCGUCAGUCUCGCAUGUCUAGAGAAAUUGUAUCAAAAUCAUCCAGAGCUAAUUCAUUGUCCACAUUUCCUACGACGGACUGGCAGGAUCGCUUGACUGCGCGGUUAACAAGGUCUGCCUUCGACAAAGAAGGAACCAGCGGGCAAUCCCAUUCUCCAUCCCGCCCUUCGGACAUGGGUCCCGUAUUACGACGACCUCGGGUAAACGAACCAGUCAUCGCCCCGACCCCACAUCAACCCAACUGGAAUGAGAUGUACACCAUAGAAAGCUUAUCUGACUCAGAUGACGUAGAUGAGUCUCGUGCAACCACGGCCUUCGGCCAACUGUCGUUGGAUGAAAAUCAAGAGAUUCGAUAUCACGGAAAAACAAGCGGCCUCCAUCUCCUUUCGAGGAGUGAUCGUUUGGAUAAACGCAAUGAAGGAGGGGUUUGGAGACUCCCUAUGGCCCGAUUUUGGCCAUCUACCAAAGCUAACAUGUCAUAUGAUGCGCCUGAGAAUGACAUAAACGUCAAAUUACCUCCACCACCUGUUCAAGAUCAACUUGUCAACCUAUACUUCUCCUACGCCCACCCGAUGUUCCCUGUCAUUCAUAAGGGUCGGUUUUUGCGAGAGUGGAACGAAUGGAAGCGAAAGUGGGAUUUUAAUUCUUAUCGUUUUUUAUUUGCUCACUGCAGUGGAAGGAGCAACCCGGCUACGCCUGAAGCCAGUGGGAGCUCGUCUUCGCCGCAGCCGGAACCAUCACAAACUGUUACCAAACUGCUCCUUCUCUCCAUGUUCGCUGUUGCUGCUCGUUACCUUGACAGGCCGAAUCCUGGGUCGACGGAUAAAUUAUGGGAAAAUACUACGUGUGAACAUUUUGUCCAAGCGAAGAACAUUCUAGCGCAAGUAUAUCAAAGUUGUCGGGCUACCACAUGUCAGGCGUUACUCCUCUUAGGCCACCGUGAAUUCGGGAUAGGCUCCAUGGAGCAAGGAUGGCUUUAUAUUGGAAUGGCCAUUAGGAUGGCAUUGGAUCUUGGACUAAAUCGUUCCGCGGACGAUUGGCAGUGCAACGGAAAGAGAAUGUUCUCCGCUGAGGAGAACCAAGUCAGGAAACAAAUUUGGUGGGCAUGCUGCAUAGCAGACAAGCAUACUUCCAUCUAUAUGGGGCGUCCUGUUUCUAUAAGGGAGAAUGACUAUGAUACGCUCUUCCCUGACGCUGACGAGUACGAGGAUGAAGGUGGCGCCGAUUUGGUCACUCGCCAACCAUUCUCAACUAUACUAGUAAUGCAAUGUUUCCGUGCUGCCGCAUCUCUCUCUGUAGUCAUAGGGUCUAUCUCAUCCCAAGUUUAUCCGGUCAAGGCCACCAGGCGUGGUUCGAGGCGUGCAAUUCUAAGCGAUCUCGAAGCCCGCCUGGAUCAGUGGUAUCACCAGCUUCCGGACGGCCUUAGUUAUGACCCAGCCAGCAAGCGUAUUGUUCCACCACCUCCGAUCCUGUUUAUCCAUAUCAAGUACUGGUCCGCUGUCUUACUACUGCACAGAGCCUUCAUUCCAAAUUGGAGUGGCUCGGAUUCUGACUUAUACAACAAGCCUGGUAAUUCAGAUACAACGACGCUCAAGGCAUUUGAUCUAUGUCAGGGCGCUGCUACAUAUAUCAGCAAUAUUGUAACAACCUAUCGUGAGAAUUUCGAUAUUAAACACAGUACACCAUUCCUUUCUUCCUAUCUUCUCAGUGCUGGCAUUAUGCAUAUCCUUACAUUGACGCUAUUUCCCUCAAACGUCCAAGCGUAUAUUGGGCUUCGACAGCUGCUGGCCGCCUUGCAAGAGAUGCAAGGGACGUGGCCAAGCAUGGGGAGAACAUGGGAUCUCCUGAAUGGAGCCAAGGUGAAGGUCGACAGUAAUAUUGCCCUACGGCUUGAACAGAAUGCUGAUCGGCAAAAACGUGGCGCGGACGACGCGUUUGGGCGAGAGAAGUGCCCCGAUUCGCCUCAGCAGGAGGUUUUUGCUGAUCCUGCAGUAACGGAGUUCAUGACGCCCACCGGAGGGAUCCAAGACAUGAGCACUCGCAUGAUGGCUCAAAUGCUGGGAUUAGACAUCCCAGGCAUCGACCUUGCCACAUCAUGUCAUCCUGGAUAUGAACCGUGGCCCCAAACAACGACUUCCUCUAAUCCUCAGCCAUACUUGCAGCCUCCAAUCGUAAAUAUCUCUGCUCAGGGUGCACUUCCUCCCCUGUGUUAUCAGCCCAGCUGGUUGGAUCAGGAGUGGGAAUCGCAAGCGUCCACACCUAUCAGCUAUCAAUAUGGUCAUGGACCCUUUAGUGGUUAUUAUUAACGCCUUUUUCUCUCUCUCUUUCUUUUAUUUUUCUUCCAUCUUCGGGCUUGCUUGUAUGUAUGAUUUUGAUUAUUCGAUGUAGAAUAUCGUUGGAUUAAUAUUAGUCCAACUUAAUAACCAGUUUGUCAGUAG